AAAGGAGAUCAGCAGGAGCAGGGGCUACGGUGCAGAGGACAGCCCUACAGACAGCCCAGCUCCAGCUCACUCGUGGCUCCCUCAGCCCUCCCAGCACCAUGAGGGUCCUUGCAGCCACCCUGGCUGUUCUGCUCCUUGUGGCCAUCUGCUCCCUGGCCGAGGCUGAUCUCAGAGUCUCCAGGAAUGCUGAACUUCACAAGAACGUCUUCACAGAUACUGUACCCACCGCCUGCUGCUUCAGUUUCGUUUCAUUCCCCAUUCCACGCCACAGGAUCAGCUCUGCCUACAGGACCAGCACCAGCUGUUCAACGCAAGGCGUGAUCCUGAUCACCAAGAAAGGGAAGCAACUGUGUGCAGACCCCGAGGCUCAGUGGGUGCAGAAACACCUGGAGCACUUUGAGCAUCUGGAGGACUGAGUCUUCUCUGCUGCUGCCCCAGGGCAGUGGGCUUGGCCCCCAGCAUGAGACAUGUAAUACGAGUGCUUGAGCUGCAUCCCUCUUCAAAGGGAAAAUUGAUUACAAUUGGCAUAUACUUGUUUAACUAAAUUUUGUUUGUCUAAAUGCUUGAAUAAAGUUUUUGGCUUGUCAAACCA